CCUUUUGUAGGUUCCUAUUAUUGAAACCAUGCCAGAAAUGACAGAGAAUGAGACUCCUACAAAAAAGCAGCACAGAAAGAAAAACCGGGAGACGCACAAUGCAGUGGAGAGACAUAGAAAAAAGAAAAUCAAUGCUGGGAUAAACCGGAUAGGAGAGCUCAUCCCAUGCUCCCCUGCCCUGAAGCAGAGCAAGAAUAUGAUCCUGGACCAAGCCUUUAAGUAUAUAACAGAACUGAAAAGACAAAAUGAUGAACUCCUGCUCAAUGGAGGAAACAAUGAACAAGCUGAGGAAAUUAAAAAGCUGCGGAAGCAACUGGAAGAAAUUCAAAAAGAAAAUGGCCGAUACAUUGAAUUACUGAAAGCAAAUGACAUAUGCUUAUAUGAUGACCCCACCAUCCACUGGAAAGGAAAUCUUAAAAAUUCAAAGGUCUCUGUUGUUAUUCCUACUGACCAUGUCCAAAAAAAUAUCAUCGUUUAUUCCAAUGGGAGUCAGCCUGGUGGAAACAGCCAGGGAACAGCUGUUCAGGGGAUAACCUUCAAUGUUGGUCAUAAUUUACAAAAGCAAACUGCCAAUGUGGUGCCAGUGCAGAGGACUUGCAAUCUUGUGACUCCUGUGUCUAUUUCUGGAGUGUACCCUUCUGAAAACAAGCCAUGGCAUCAGACCACAGUUUCAGCAUUGGCUGCCAACCAGCCUGUUCCUCUCUGUCUUCCCGCUGCCAUUUCUGCUCAGAAUCUUCUCGAGCUUUCCACCUCUGAAAGCGAAUCGAGUGUGCUUGCUGCCACUAGUGGCUCACUGAUUGCUGUUCCAGUUGGGUCUGAACCUCACCAACAGCAUUCCUUACACACAUGUCCAAAUGUUCCAAAUUCUUCUGAAAAUAGGAAUGGGCAAGAGAGCCCCAAAUUAUUGAAGAAAACAGCCCUCUGUGCCACAAGCAUCCCCCCGAGCUCCUCAGCAUCUGCCACUAAGGUGCAGCAUGGAAACAAGUCCGGCUUGAGCAUACAGGAUUUCAGAGGUGAUUUUCAAAACACCUUGGUUGUUUCAGUUACCACCACAGUCUGCUCCCAGCCUCCCAGAUCUGCAGGUGUUUCCUCUCCAGCGAGCACUAGCAAGAGCGCUGAGUCAACAGGUGCAAACACGGUGGUGGCACCAUCUGCACCUGGAGUCGGGAAGACCACCACUCCUGUAAGCACCCUUUCCACAAAAUCUUUGGACAGUGGUUGGACUCGUUCUUGUUCUUUGCCUUCCUCCAGUGUUAGCGCUUCAGAUUUGAAAAACAUUAAUAGCCUUACCCGGAUUUCUUCAGCUGGAAAUACACAGACAACGUGGACUACUUUGCAACUUGCGGGAAACACUAUUCAGCCCUUAACCCAGACGCCAUCUUCCUCUGUGACACCAGUAUUAAGUGAAUCUGGUACUAGCCCCCAAACAACCAACCAUAGUAGACAAGUGGCUCCAGGCAUCCACCUGAAUAACCCCUUUCCAGCAGAUGGGCAGCCAGUUGAGCAAGUAGUUGUAACCUUGCCUUCUUGUCCAUCUUUACCUAUGCAGCCCUUAAUUGCCCAGCCACAAGUUAAAUCCCAACCUCCGAAAAAUAUCCUUCCACUGAAUUCAGCAAUGCAGGUGAUUCAGAUGGCUCAGCCAGUUGGGUCAGCUGUCAAUGCAGCUCCAGCUAAUCAAAAUGUUAUCAUUCUCCAGCCACCCAGCACCACCCCAUGCCCGACAGUGAUGAGAGCAGAGGUUCCCAACCAAACAGUAAGCCAACAGAUAGUAAUCAUACAGGCAGCUAAUCAGAAUCCUUUGCCACUCCUCUCCGCGCCUCCCCCUGGUUCUGUUCGACUCCCUGUCAAUGGAGCCAGUGCCAUCAUAGGGUCUAAUAAUCCAGUGCAAAAUGUUUCAGCGCCACAAACGUUUGGAGGAAAGCAUCUUGUCCACAUAUUACCAAGACCUUCAUCUUUAUCAACCUCUAAUUCAACCCAGACUUUUUCCGUCACCAUGUCAAAUCAACAGCAGCCUCAAACCAUUUCCUUAAAUGGACAGCUCUUUGCUUUGCAGCCCAGGAACUACAAAUCAAACCCCUAUGCAAAUUAUUCAGCCUACCACCAGCGAAGAUCCGAACACCAAUGUUGCCCUGAACACGUUUGGUGCUUUGGCCAGCCUCAAUCAAAGCAUAUCACAGAUGGCUGGGCAAAGCUGUGUACAACUGUCUAUUAGCCAGCCUGCCAAUUCUCAGACUGCCACCAGCAGUCAAGUCACCUCAGCCAGCUGUGUUUCAUUAACAACUGUAGCCCCUCCCAUGACAACAGAUAAUUCCACCACACUACCCAGUACUUAUAAUCUAGUGACUGCUCCCUCAGUGAACACCGUUGCUUGUAUGCCACCUAACGUGAAGUCAAAAAGGCUAAGUAAGAAGCCAGGUGCCAAGAGACACUUAGCAACUAACAAGUCAGCAUGUCCUCUGAAUGCAGUGAGAGAUGCGGGCAGGUUAGACUGCCCCAGCACAGAAGGCUCAGCAGAGUCAUCGUGUACCAAUGGGCUACUGGAAGGUCUCCCUGCUGCACUACCAUCUGUCACUGUGUCCCAGGCAAAUAAUGUAAGUGUUUCUGCUGCACAUCCUUUGGACGUGUUACAUCCCGAAUCAGUAAUACCUGAGUCUGUAUCCAAAUCUAAGCCAGCAGAAGAGUCCAGCUCACCCUCUCAAGAAUCCGUACCAAGUGAACAUUUUGCAGUGGUCCCAGCAAAAUCCAAAGAUUCUACCCCCAUUUUGCAACGAGAGACAUCUCAGGAUAAAUCACCCGCUAGUUCGGCAUUGAUGGAUUCAGCCCAACCCGGCAUGUCCACCAGUGUGUUGGUUCCACUUCCAGAAGAUACCCACCUUUUGGGUUCUCAGGUUUCUGGUUUGUCCUCCACCACAAGCACUACAAGUACCGACUGUGUUUCUGAGGUAGAACUCAUAGCUGAACCUUGCAGGGUUGAGCAGGAUGCAUCAGAUACGAUGCAAACUACAGGUCUCCUAAAGGGGCAAGGUUUAACUACAUUGCUAUCUGAUCUUGGUACAGAAAAAGACCCUCAGAAAUCAUCUCUUUCAGUUCCAAUGGAUCAUCCUGACUUUUCUUCAGAAAAUUCUAAAAUAGUUGAUUCAAGUGUCGAUUUGCAUCCCAAACAGGCACUAUUACUGGUGAACAGCGAUGAUCGAGAGCCGCCCCAGCAUCACUCCUGCCUUGCUGAUCAGGAGGCUAUUAAUGUGUCUUUGCUUGCUGGUAGGCAGGCUGACUCUCCCAUGUCAACCAGCUCUGGCAGUAGUCGGAGUUUCUCAGUUGCAUCCAUGCUUCCUGAAACAACUAGAGAGGAUGUAACCAGCAACACAGCAACUAAUACAUGUGACAGCUGUACCUUUGGAGAGCAAACUGACAUAGUAGCUCUUGCAGCUAGAGCUAUUUUUGACCAGGAGAACCUUGAAAAGGGAAGGGUUAGCAUCCAGGCUGAUACAAGGGAAGUUACUUCAAAACCUUCUGAAGCAUCCUCUGUAGAGGGAGACCAGCCUUUCAAAUCACAGCUACCUAAAGAGAAUGGCACAGGACAGGCAGAAGCCACAGAGAGUGAAUUUAAUGGCCAGAAUUCAAUUGAAGCAACUGUGGAUAGGCCCCUUGAAAAACCAAGUUGUUCUCUGGGAAUUAAAACAUCAAAUGCCUCUUUACAGGCUUCAACCUCUCAGCCACCAAGCAUCACCAGUUUAAGUGUGAAUAAUCUUAUCCAUCAGAGCAGCAUCAGUCACCCUCUGGCCAGCUGUACAGGUUUAGCCCAAGCUUCAGAACAAACAGCUGUUCCUACAACGGUUAAUCUGACUGCUUCAUCUAGCUCCUAUGGCAGUCAACCUCCUGGGCCCUCUCUGAUGACAGAAUAUCCCCAAGAACAGUUAACUACUAUGACUAGCACCAUACCAAACUCACAGAUACAAGAACCACUCUUAAAGCCAAGUCACGAAGGCCGUAAAGAUUCUACUAAGCGUGCUGUUCAAGAUGACCUCUUACUGUCUUCAGCUAAACGUCAAAAGCAUUGUCAGCCAGCCCCCCUGAGACUUGAAAAUAUACCCCUGAUGAGCCGAACCCCAGACACCAUUUCUGACCAAACUCAAAUGAUGGUUAGUCAGAUCCCUCCGAAUUCUUCAAAUUCAGUUGUGCCUGUUAGCAAUCCAGCGCAUGGAGAUGGCCUAACACGAUUAUUUCCACCUAAUAACAACUUCGUGGCCCCUACGUUGAGGCAGACUGAAGUUCAGUGUAGUUCCCAGCCUGCGGUGGCUGAGCAGCAGCAAACCCAGGCAAGUCAACACCUACAGGCCUUGCAACAGCAUGUUCCGGCUCAAGGAGUCUCUCACCUUCAUAGUAACCACCUCUACAUAAAGCAGCAGCAGCAGCAGCAACCGCAGCAGCAGGCGCAGCAGCAGCAGCUGCAGCAAGCGGGGCAGUUGAGAGAGAGGCACCAUUUAUAUCAACUGCAGCAUCAUGUACCUCAUGCAGAGAGCUCUGUCCACUCUCAACCCCAUAGUGUCCACCAACAGAGAACUCUACAACAGGAAGUUCAGCUGCAGAAGAAGAGGAAUCUUGUUCAGGGCACUCAGGCCUCUCAGCUUUCCUCCCUACAGCCAAAGCACCAUGGAACUGACCAAUCCCGACCCAAAAGUGGUCAGCCACAUCCUCACCAUCAACAGAUGCAGCAACAGAUGCAGCAACACUUUGGAAGUUCCCAGCCAGAAAAGAGCUGUGAAAAUCCUCCAACUAGCCGAAACCACCAUAAUCAUCCCCAGAACCAUCUCAAUCAAGAUAUUAUGCACCAACAGCAGGAUGUUGGAAGCAGACAGCAAGGUUCAGGGGUUUCUUCUGAACAUGUGUCUGGGCAUAAUCCAAUGCAGAGACUUUUGACAUCAAGAGGCUUAGAGCAGCAAAUGGUGUCUCAGCCAAGUAUUGUGACUAGACCUUCAGACAUGACCUGCACACCACACAGGCCAGAAAGAAAUAGAGUUUCAAGUUAUUCUGCUGAGGCACUCAUUGGAAAGACGUCUUCUAAUUCAGAGCAGCAGAGGAUGGGGAUAUCGAUUCAGGGUUCCAGAGUUUCAGAUCAGCUUGAAAUGAGAAGCUAUCUUGAUGUUCCCAGAAAUAAGAGUUUGGCUAUUCAUAAUAUGCAGGGUCGUGUGGACCAUACUGUUGCCUCAGAUAUCCGCCUUUCUGAUUGUCAGACAUUUAAACCAAGUGGGGCUAGUCAACCCCAGAGUAACUUUGAAGUACAGUCUUCAAGAAAUAAUGAAAUAGGUAACUCCGUUUCAUCAUUGAGGAGUAUGCAGUCCCAGGCUUUCAGGAUUAGUCAGAAUACUGGUCCACCACCAAUCGAACGUCAAAAGAGAUUACCUUAUCCCCCAGUCCAGAGCAUCCCCACAGGAAAUGCUGUCCCACCACGAGACAGCGAAAGUGCGUGUCACCAGAGUUUCAUGCAGAGCUUGCUUGCCCCUCACCUUGGCGAUCAGGUCAUUGGGAGUCAGAGAUCACUUUCAGAACAUCAGAGGAAUGCACAGUGUGGUCCAUCCUCUGCUAUUGAAUACAAUUGUCCUCCAGCUCAUGAAAGUGUCCAUAUUAGGAGAGAAAGUGAGAGUCAGAAUAGGGAAAGUUGUGACAUGUCUUUAGGUGCAAUUAACACUAGGAACAGCACCUUGAAUAUUCCUUUUUCAAGUUCUUCUUCCUCUGGAGAUAUUCAAGGUCGAAACACAAGUCCCAAUGUCUCUGUACAGAAGUCCAAUCCCAUGAGGAUUACAGACAGCCAUGGGACAAAGGGCCACAUGAACCCUCCAGUCACAACCAACAUGCAUGGUGUUGCAAGGCCAGCUUUGCCACACCCUUCUGUGUCUCAUGGGAAUGCAGAUCAAGGGGCCCCAGUACGUCAAGCCAGUUCUUCAGUUCCUCAGCGAUCAAGGCAUCCCCUACAGGACAGCGGUGGUUCCAAAAUUCGUCAACCCGAAAGGAAUCGUUCUGGAAACCAAAGACAUAGUAAUGUCUUUGACCCGAGUCUUCCCCACCUUCCCCUCUCUACUAGUGGCAGUAUGAUUCUUGGACGUCAACAGCCCACCACAGAGAAGAGAGGAAGUAUCGUUCGUUUCAUGCCUGAUAGCCCACAAGUACCUAAUGAUAAUUCAGGUCCUGACCAGCAUACUCUAUCACAAAAUUUUGGUUUUCCUUUUAUUCCCGAGGGUGGCAUGAAUCCACCAAUAAAUGCUAACACUUCUUUCAUUCCACAGGUUACUCAGCCUAGUGCCACUCGAACUCCUGCCCUCAUCCCAGUAGAUCCCCAAAAUACCCUACCUUCCUUCUAUCCUCCCUACUCUCCUGCCCAUCCUACACUGUCCAAUGAUAUUUCAAUCCCCUAUUUUUCUAAUCAGAUGUUCUCAAAUCCUAGCACAGAGAAGGUAAACAGUGGAAGUUUGAAUAACCGAUUUGGAUCAAUUUUGUCUCCUCCCAGACCUGUUGGUUUUGCUCAGCCAAGUUUUCCUCUUCUCCCUGAUAUGCCACCAAUGCACAUGACCAACUCUCACUUGUCCAAUUUUAACAUGACCUCUUUGUUUCCAGAAAUAGCGACAGCUCUUCCCUUUUUUCCCGAUGGCUCAGCAAUGUCACCUUUGCUCACAAUAGCAAACUCCUCUGCCUCUGACUCUUCCAAGCAGUCCUCAAACAGACCUGCCCAUAACAUAAGCCAUAUUCUAGGUCAUGAUUGCAGUUCAGCUGUCUAAAUAAUGAUAAACUAAAUGUGAAGGUAAUGGGUGAGACAUCCAUGUACAUUAACGGAACGAUCGUGUGUGUGUGUGUGUGUGUGUGUGUGCACGUGUGCGUGUGUGGGAGGGGCCUUUAUAUAAUCAGUUUUUAGUUAUCUUCUGAAUGUAGGGGAGCCAUAUCAGAGAUGAUGCAGAUUCUGAAUUGUCAAAAACAAAUGAUAUUUGAUGUUUAAGUGCAUGGUGUGCUUUUUUAUUUCCUAAGCAGAUUUCCCUUUUCAGAUUUAGUUUGUAAUCUUGUAUUCCCUCAGUACGAAUCAACUAGAAAUUGGAAUGAUUAUCUCAGCAUGUGCUGGGUAGUUGAAAGAAACCUAGAUUUUCAACUUGAUUGUUGAUAAUUUGUAAAAUAGGUAGAGAUAGUUGAGUUGCUAUCCAAAAGAAUAGGCAGUUUGAUAACACAGUAGGUCCUAACAAAAUACCGGUUAAUGUCAACAUCUAGAACAGUUUUUUUACUCGUGGAAGAUGUUGAAUUGUGUUGGAUUGAAUGCCCAUGGUUAAAAUCAAUCAGUUAGUAAAUAAAUGAAUAGUUUAAUCAGCCUUUACUCUGAAGGUUUAGUUUAGGUAGAGGGUUUUUUUCUUAAUUAUCACAAUUCAUAAAUUACUGGAAUUUCAUGUUCUCGUUCUUCAAGUUAGAGAGCUCUGUUGUCCUUUAAUGUGCCAAGAUCCUUUAAAGCAAAGGUCUUCCUUAGACAGUUAGCCUUAAAAAUAGAAAUCUAAAAAAUAAAUUACAUAAAUGUUCUUCAUUUUGUUCUUGCAUUUUGCGUCAGGCUGUAAGGAUAAAAGCAGUUAUGUCGUGGAGUGUUUCGUGGGUUCAGUUAACAAUUGGUGUUCUUUCAGUUGCAUAUUGAUUUAGUAUUCUCUCUUUGUUCUAUUCAUUAGAUCAUGAAAUAAAUUAUUUUUCACACAUUUCAAUAUUAGGACCAAUCAGUAAAUAGUAUGUUUGGAAUCUACACCUUCAUUUGAGCCUUACUUUUAAAAUAUUUCUGAACAGUUUUAAGCUCUGUCAGUAUUUUCAUUUAUUGAUAUUUAUAUUUUAAAUAUGGUAUUAUAUAUUGAAUUAUCCUUUAUAACAAUUAUAAUCAGAGGAUGAAUUUGUUCCUUAUUUUUCUUGAUGGUAAAUGUGAAAUGGUGCUUAAAAUAUAUUGUCUUUAUAUAUGUCCGUGUGUGAGCGAGUGUGUGUACACAGGCAGAUUUUAAACUACAUGCUGGCCCUUUAAAAUAGGCCGGCUGGGCCAGGCAGUGACAGUGGUUAAGGUGGCUAGACCCCACGUGGUUAAGUGCACGAUUUGAGUCCCGGACCUGGUGACAUGUGCAUGGAUGCCCACAAUCCUUAAAGGAGAAAUGAAAUGGAGAAGAGAUUGUGGGGUGACCAUCCCCCAUGGGGAAUGUGCUUUCUCACUCAUAGUACCCCGGAAGUCCCCCACCUCAAACCCUUGCCCCCGCCUCUCUUCAGCAAACUCAUGCACAUGCUGGCAAAAAAAAAAAAAAAAAAAAAAAGUCUGCCAUCCGUAAAUGGGAAAUUGAGGCCUGAGACCUGCUAACGCACAUAAAAACUUGAUGUAGAUAAGGAUUUUAAAAGCUCCACUGGAGUUCAUAAUAAAAUUUAAAACACAUACUGAGAACACUAAGGAAACAACUGUGUAUACUCAUUUUCUCAAACCCACCAAGCCCAUUAUUUUUUGUUGUAUUCACCAAAAGUGGGAGGGGUGGAAAAGAUGUGUGAAUAUUGCUCUAUCCGCUCUGCUAACAAGGUGCUCAAGGAUCAGCACUUAUGUUUUCUGCCUUCUAAGGCUUGGGCAGAGCAGUUCACUCCAGUGAAUACCUCAUGUAAAGACUCCCCAAAAGG